AUGGCCAACCCACCUCAUGGCGGUGUCCUCAAGGACCUGAUUGCCCGCGAUGCUCCUCGCAGGAAGCAGCUCGCGGAGGAGGCAGAGACCCUCCCCGCCGUCGUCCUCAACGACCGUCAGCUGUGCGAUAUCGAGCUGAUCCUCAACGGUGGCUUCUCGCCGCUCGAGGGCUUCAUGAACGAGAAGGACUACAAUGGCGUGGUUGAGAAGAACAGACUCGCCGACGGCAACCUCUUCUCCAUGCCCAUCUGCCUCGACCUCGAGAAGGAGGAUAUCGAUGAGCUCGGGAUCAAGGCCGGCAAGCGUGUCUGUCUGCGUGACUCCCGCGAUGACCGCAACUUGGCCAUCAUGACCAUCGACGACGUCUACCAGCCUGACAAGAAGAAGGAGGCGAAAGAAGUCUUCGGCGGUGACCCAGACCACCCCGCCGUCAAGUACCUGUUCCAGGUGUCCGGCGACUACUACGUCGGUGGUAAGAUUGAGGCCAUUGACCGCCUCAUGCACUACGACUACGUUGGUCUCCGCUACACCCCUGCUGAGCUCCGUCUGCACUUCGACAAGCUCGGCUGGUCUCGUGUCGUGGCCUUCCAGACCAGGAACCCCAUGCACCGUGCUCACCGUGAGCUGACGGUCCGCGCUGCUCGCCAGCGACAAGCCAACGUGCUCAUCCACCCGGUGGUUGGCAUGACCAAGCCAGGUGACAUUGACCACUUCACCCGUGUCCGUGUCUACCAGGCUCUCCUGCCCCGCUACCCCAACGGCAUGGCUGUGCUCGGUCUGCUGCCCUUGGCCAUGCGUAUGGGCGGUCCUCGCGAGGCCAUCUGGCACGCCAUCAUUCGCAAGAACCACGGCGCCACUCACUUCAUCAUCGGUCGUGACCAUGCCGGUCCAGGCAAGAACAGCAAGGGUCAGGAAAUCUACGGCCCGUACGAUGCUCAGUAUGCUGUUGAGAAGUACAAGGACGAGCUCGGCAUCGAAGUCGUCGAGUUCCAGCAGAUGACCUACCUGCCCGACUCCGACGAGUACAGGCCGAAGGACGAAGUGCCAAAGGAGAUCAAGACCCUCGACAUUUCCGGCACUGAGCUCCGUCGCCGUCUCCGAACUGGUGGUGACAUCCCAGAGUGGUUCUCGUACCCCGAAGUCGUCAAGGUUCUGCGUGAAUCCCACCCACCGCGCAACAAGCAGGGUUUCACCGUUUUCCUGACCGGCUACACCAACUCCGGCAAGGACGCCAUUGCUCGUGCUCUCAACGUCACGCUCAACCAGCAAGGUGGCCGCUCCGUCUCUCUGCUUCUGGGAGAGACCGUCCGCAGCGAGUUGUCGUCUGAACUCGGCUUCUCCCGCGACGACCGCGACAAGAACAUCCAGCGCAUCGGCUUCGUGGCGUCAGAACUCACCCGCGCCGGCGCCGCCGUCAUCGCCGCCCCGAUCGCGCCCUUUGAGGCGUCCCGCAAAGCCGCCCGCGAGAUGGUCGAGAAGCACGGCUCCUUCUACCUUAUCCACGUCGACACGCCGCUCGAGUACUGCGAGAAGACGGACAAGCGCGGGGUCUACAAGGCCGCUCGCGCGGGCAAGAUCAAGGGCUUCACGGGGGUUGACGACCCGUACGAGGCGCCGAGCGAUAAGGAGGCGGAUUUGGUGGUGGAUGUGAGCCAUGAUAAUGUGAGGACGGCGGUGCAUCAGAUUGUGCUGUUGCUUGAGGCGGAGGGUUUGCUUGAUCAGUUGUAG